AUGACUGAUGGCUCUUUCGCAGCCGUUCAAUGCGAUUCAUUGUUUUGUUGGUGUGUGAGCGAUGGAGGGAUCGAAGUGAGAGGGACGAGGAUUGGAAGACCCCUUCUACCGAAUUGUGCCGUAUCACGCGAAUGCCCACAGAAAUCGUGCAUCGAUUCGCCUACAGAGUGCCUCCAUGGAGCGGCACUCGAUUCGAACGGCUGUGAGACGUGCGAUUGCUUUGAUCCGUGUCAUAAAAUCGCUUGCCCGGGCGAUUCCUUCUGCGUUCCGAUGGCGCCGAGUGAAUGUUUGACGCCUCGUUGUCGCCACCUUCCGAGAUGUGUCAUCAAUCCGUGUCCUAUCGGAGCUCCACUUAAAGAUAUAACGACGCUGUUACCCGUUGAGUGUCGAGAGAAUAACCAGUGUCGAGACACGAUGACCCCAUCAUAUUGUAGAGCACACACGAGUCAAGGAGGGUAUUGUUGUCCGGCUCCAGAACCGAGAUCAGCGCCGGGUGGUUGUCCAACAGUUGGCAUCUCUACAUCGUGUACAAGAGAUUGUGUGCUGGAUGAUGGAUGUCCAUCGGGAAACAAAUGCUGCUUUAAUGGAUGUGGGAUGAGCUGUCUGCCAGCUGUGAUCGCAAUCGUUCCCAUUCACCGAGAGCCAAAGAUCGGCUCGUGUCUGCCGGUGGAGAUCCCCGAAGAGUUUGAAACGGGCAAAAGAUUGGAGAGUGAAUGUGUGGUGAAUGAGGAAUGCCCACAGCUUCAGCUAUGUUGCAAUGUCGGGUUCGGGAGAAAAGCUUGCACAUCUUCGCAUCUCACCACACCGUGCCUUCACGCCCGUGGCGCUGCUCAAUCGCUGGCGGUGUUUAAUCCGAAUUACCAUGUGCCGACUUGUGACUCGGAGGGAGCCUUCGAGCUCAUUCAAUCCGUGCAUAAUCUCCGUUGGUGUGUCGAUGAGAUGGGAAAUGAGAUUCCAGGCACGAGAACGAUGGGGAGAGUGCCGCGAUGCCGUUUGCCGAGAUCCUGUCGGAUCAUGCCUUGUGACAAGAAAUGUCCAGUGGGGCUGAGACUUGAUGUCGAUGGGUGUCCACUUUGUGAAUGUCUCGACCCGUGUCAAGAAGUCGUUUGUCGAAAAGGGCACCAUUGCUCUCUUGUCUCGGUGCAGUGCACGACGGAAAGAUGUCCACCGGUGCCUCGAUGCAUUCCCUCAAUUUGCCCCAGCAAUUCCCCUCCACUGAUGAUCUCUUCGCUGCUCAUUGAAUGUUCUCCAUCAACCCGAUGUCCUCAAGGAUUUCAUUGUGUUUCGACGGGCUUUGAGGGUCGGGGCUAUUGUUGUCAGGGAGCAGAACCGAUUCACAUGGAAAAAUGGCCAGCAUGCCCAUCACUGCCUCUUCUCAACUCGACAACGGCUGAUGGACCGAGUUGUGAUGUUGAGUGCUAUUCUCACAACAACUGUCCCGGAUCACUUUGCUGCUUCAAUGGCUGCGGGAUUCAAUGUAUUUACAAAUGGUCUUCACCAAAACAAGAGCUUCUCCCGAGUGUUGGAGAGAAAGAGAAAGAAGUGAAAAACCCAAUCACCAUCAUGCACAAAAUCAUACCCGCUGGCAAGAAGUUGAUAAAAAUAGUUUCAUCCGAGGAAGAGGAACGAGUGGGCAAAUGUCCAUCGAUCAAGCAUUUGCCUGGUAGAGAAAAAAGCUGCAUAAACCUGUGCUCGGUUGAUGACGAUUGUCCGAGUUUUGAAAAGUGUUGUUCAAAUGAUUGUGGCCGUGAGUGUCUACCGGCCGUUUUACCCGGUUGUGUCCUACUGCUAUCGGGAUAUUUGCGAGCUCUUCAUCAACUCUCAUCCCCAUAUCCGCCACCCGUUCAAUGCACAAAAGAUGGUCGAUGGAAGGAAGCACAAUGUGAUAUUCGAGCAGGAGAGUGCUGGUGUGUGAAUCCACUGUCGGGAAUCGAGAUCGUCGGCACGCGAAAGAGCAGCAAUCAGCCACUGCCCGAUUGUUCAGUAGCUCGUGGCUGUAGAUCGUUGUGCGCCGCAUCAACUUGUCCUCGUGGUUUACUCUUGGAUUCAUCGGGAUGUCCACUUAUCGAUUGUCAAUGUGCAUCUCCGUGUGAUCGAUUGGACUGUUCGUCAAGAGGGCAAACGUGCAUUGUCACGUCGGACUCGUGUCUUGAAGGGAAUUGCCCUCUAGUUCCGAAAUGUGUCUCAUCGGGGUGUCCAAAUGGCUGGUCUCCAAUCGUGCGGCUCCGUUCACCACUUCUUUGUGGUUAUCGAGAGUCUGAAUGUCCGACUGGGGAAUGUCAUCCGAUUCCCGAUUCACAAGAUAAUCUAUCGAUGUGUUGUUUGAAAAUCGCUGUGCAUAAAAUCGAGACGACCACUGUUGAAGUUCAAAUGAUAGAGUCGGCUCCAAAUGAGACAAACUGUCAACUUCUCCGUGCCAGCUACGAAGAGAUCCGACAAGCUGGCGGUCAAGUGUUAACCGCUGAACCUAUUUGUCAGAAAGAUGACGGCAAAUUCUCAGCGGUUCAAUGCGAGCUCUCUGGUUUGUGUCGCUGUGUGGACAGAUCGACAGGCACCGAGAUUCUCGGAUCAAAGCGAAUCCCGUUAAUUGGACAAGAUGUUUGCACUGCUCAAAUAGCCCAUUGUUCGGUGCGUUGUGUGAUCUCAUGUCCCUUCGGAGUGGAAACUGAUGGAAUGGGAUGUCCACUAGCUGGUUGUCCCUGUCGAGACCCUUGUUUAUCAAUUCGUUGCCCCUACUCAUCGAUUUGUCUCCUGAGAAGUCCCGAUUGUUCCGAGGCUCACUGUAUUGCAAUGCCAGUCUGUGAACCGAAUCCUUGCUCCAGAGGAAACAAGCCGGCUUUUGAUUCGAGAACAUUUUCUCCGUUCGAGUGCAAAAAUGAUCGAUCAGUGUCAUGUCCGGCUGAUUUCUAUUGUGCAGGUGAAAACGGAGAUGGACGAGGUGUUUGUUGUCCGGGAGUGAAUGGCGUUUUAUCCGAAUGCCCACAUGGAAUCCCAUAUCCAUCAUUCGAUGACGGUUCUCCUCUACAAUGCUCAGUUCAAAUGAAUGGCUGCCCAUCCACUCAUUAUUGCCUCACACAUCCCCGGAAUUCUUCCGGAAUCUGCUGUGUUACAAAACGUCACGUUUGCCACGAACGAAUGGAUAUUGGGGGUUGUUCUUUGAAUGUUCAACGAUAUUUCUAUUCACCCGAUGAGCAGAGUUGUCUCCCGUUUGAAUAUGGUGGAUGUGGGGGGAAUUUGAACAAUUUCCCAACAAGAGAUAGUUGUGAACGCUUUUGUGAAGGAAUCGGCUUUAAUAUGGACACCCCUUUGCUUUCGGACGAUGGACGACCGAGUGAACAAUAUGAAAUGGGUUUCGCAUUGAAAGGAUCACGAUUGGAGCUAAAUGAUAAGGAUCGAAUAAAGAGUCAAGUGUUAGCCAUUUUGCUGUCCCGAUUCGGGCUCACCGAACGAGAAGUGCGGGAUUUGUCAGUUCGUGUGCCCGACUCGGUUCGUUUCGUCAUUCAAUCGCCAGACGCACGCCAGAAAGCUCAACAGAUACAUGAAGCGGUAAUGAACGGUUCUCUUCUUAUCCGUUACUUGGGCUCAACAUAUUCAGCCGAACCGCACACCUGGUUUGCUACUCAAGUUGCUGAGAAAGAAAAGAUUAACAAAAGCUCUGUUUAUUGGGCAGUUCUCAUUGCGGCCACGACCCUCUGUUUAGUCGUUUUCGCCGUUCUUUGCUGUGCAUGUUCAUGGAUGAUCCGGGCCAAAGAGAACCGUUGUGACUCAGCCCGAUCAGCUUCUUCCGAUCUUCGAUCACAUUCAUUCUCUCAUCACAUUCCGCCACAGAUGUUACACGCAUCUCGUGCCUCGACGAUUCGUAUGAACUCGGAUCGAUCAAAUGACCAAAGACCCCAGCUAACAAGAACUCUUUAC